AGACAGAGGAGAGAGACAGAGAGACAGAGAGAGAGAAAGAGAGAGAGAGAGACAGAGAGACAGAGACACAGAGAGAGAGCGAGAGAGAGAGAGAGAGAGAGAGAGAGAGAGAGAGGAUCAUGGCUGAUGUCCCUCAAUCAUUUUUGGGAUUGCUUGUGACCGUUUUGUACCUGCUAACAGGUGUCAGUGGAGAAACUCUCUCUAUGUUCUCCAGAGUGGGAGAUGAUGUCAGUCUGCCGUGUAACAAUGUGGUUUAUCCAAACUGCUCCUCUACUACAUGGAUCUAUAACAGAGCUCUAUCUACUCGUACUAUUCAAGAGGUCACAUUGGGGGAGAUCAAAGUUGACCAGACAGAGAGAGCAGAGCGACUGAGUUUAGGGUCCUACUGUUCUCUACAUGUUAGUGAUGUCAGAGCUGAGGAUGUUGGACUCUACAUCUGUCGACAGUUCCUUACAGAGACAGGACCACAACAUGGAGGUGAUGCUCCUGUUCAUCUGUCUGUUCUAACUAAUAUGGCUGAAAAGACCACUGAUAGUGAUGAUGUCAUCUCUACUCUCCCAGGAAGUACAGCCUCUACUGCAAGACCAGCCUUGUCAACCACCUCCCCAUCUUCUGCUGGUACCAGUAAUGCUGUUAAGUUGCCCAUCAGUCACAUCAUGCUCUUUGUGACAUUGACCAUCAUGGCUGCCAUCGUCACUAUUCACACAAGGAGGAUCCGCCCACCCAAGGCUCUGCCCCCACAAGCAGAAGAAGCCUCUGGUAUUGAGAUUCAUGUCCUGGAGGAAUGACCCCUUGUUCCUCACUCUUCUCCCUGUGCUGGACUAAGACUUUCAAACUGUCUAUAGCUUUAUUGAUUUAGUAACAGAGGACAGUAUAAAUGUUUUUAAGCUGAUGUUCAUCUAUUUUAGUGCAUAGUGUGGAAGAUGUAUUAAUUCAUAGUUGUGUUCCUAUAUAUUUUGUGUAUCAUUUUAAUACUUUUUUUUUUUUUUUGGGGGUGCAUUAGGGAUUCAGAUAUCAGCAAACCUUGGUUGAUGUUUAUGAUAAUGUUCAUUUUCUUCUGUCCAUUGGGAAUGAAGUCAGCACAAAUAAAUUCCUUGGUUUUGUUUAAUUAAUAACUUGUGUCCUAAGCAGACUUAAAUGAGCACAGUGCCUCUUCUGAAAUGUAAAUUCAUUUCUGAAAAUGUUUAAAUAAAUUAAUAAAAAUACAGUA